AGCCGCUAGCCUCGGUCCGGGUCUGCGCCGGUCUUGGUCUUGUGCCGCGGGGUACAUGGCGAAAGCUGAAGGACGGGUCCUGCUGCCACCCACCGUGGAACCGGUGAAGUAUGACAUCAAGCUGAAACCGGACCUGGUGAACUUCACGUUUGAUGGCUCUGAGAAGAUCAGAUUGGACAUCCAAGAAGCCACUGACGAGAUUGCCCUGCACGUCAAAGAGAUUGCCAUCAAGAACCACACCAUCGUCCUGAAAGCUGGCUCUACCGAAGUCAAGCCGGAGGCAGUGACAUAUUCCAUCAAGGAUGCCACGGUGACCUUCAAGUUCGAAGAGAUGCUACCAGUCGGGGAGGCGGAGCUUGAGCUUGAGUUCUUCGGUCUUUUGAAUGAUCAGAUGGCCGGUUUCUAUCGAUCAGGAUACAAGGACAUCACUGGCGCCUCCAAGAUCAUGGCCUCCACUCAGUUCGAAUCCCUGGAUGCGCGUCGUGCCUUCCCCUGCUGGGACGAGCCCGGAAGAAAGGCGGUUUUUGGACUUACCUUGGUGGUGGACACAGGCCUCACGGCUCUCAGCAACAUGCCCGAGAAGCACCGCUGUUACCUGGACGGUGGAGCGAAGAUGGAGGUUGCCUUCAUGGACUCCCCGAAAAUGUCGACCUAUUUGCUGGCCUUCAUCGUGGGUGAGUUCGACUUCAUCCAGGCCCAGACCAGUCAUGGAGUCCUGGUACGUGUAUUCGCGCCACCAGGACGUUCGAAGGAUGGACAGUUCCCACUGGAGGUUGCGGUCAAGGCCUUGGACGGUUAUGAUGACUACUUCGGGCUGCCGUAUCCACUGCCCAAGCUCGACAUGAUCGCGAUCCCAGAGUUUGCGGCGGGUGCCAUGGAGAAUUGGGGCCUCGUGACCUACCGCGAGGUGGAUUUGCUCAUCGCUGAGGGCGCCUCGCGCAAGCAGAUGCAGCGGGUGUGCAUCGUCGUGACCCACGAGUUGGCGCAUCAAUGGUUCGGAAACCUGGUGACCAUGAACUGGUGGGACGAUCUGUGGCUCAACGAAGGCUUCGCCUCCUGGUGUGAGAACUACAUGGCCCAUGAGAUCUUCCCAGAUUUUGCCAUGUGGGAUCAAUUCACCUCGGACACACAAGCGGCGGCGAUGCGUCUGGAUAGCUUGCGAAGUUCGCAUCCCAUCCAGGUGCCCAUCAAACACGCUGAGGAGGUGGAGGAAGUCUUCGAUGCGAUUUCCUACUGCAAAGGCGCCAGUGUCAUCAAGAUGGCUCAUGCCUACCUCGGAGCCGAUGCCUUUAGGAGCGGCUUGCAGGCCUACAUGCAAAAACACAAGUAUUCCAACACGGAGACCUCUGACUUGUGGGCUGCUUGGAGCACCGCCAGUGGGUGCAAAGUGAAUGAGUUAAUGGCGUCAUGGACGGAGCAGAUGGGUUAUCCACUGGUGACCGUGAAGAGCUUCAAUGGUAGCGAAGUGGAGCUCGAACAGAGCUGGUUCCUGGCAGAUGGGAGUGAGGUGAAGAAGGAGGAGGAGAAGAUUUGGAAGAUUCCAAUCAUUUGCAAAGGUCAAAAGCCUGUCCUCAUGGAGGCGAAGACACAGAAGAUCUCUGUGCCCAAAUCAGAUUUCCUCUUGAUCAAUGCAGGGAGACAAGUCCCGAUGAGAGUCUUGUACAGCGAUGAGACCUACAGCCAACUGGCCACGGCCAUUCAGAAGGGCCAGCUGAGCGUGAGUGACAAAGCCGGCCUGGUCUUGGAUUCCUUCGCCCUGGCGAAGUCUGGUCAUCUUGGGGCUGACAAGGUCUUCAAGCUGAUUGCUUCCUUCCGCAGCGAGCGUAACUUCAUCGUGUGGGAUGCCAUAUCGCAAGCUUUGACCGGCUUCGACACUGUUCUCAUGGCUGGCGUCAGUGACCCGACCUAUGCGGCUUUCAAGGCCUUCGUCUCCAAGCUCAUUGCCGAUGCCGCGAAGGAGGUGGGCUGGGAAAAGAAGGCCUCAGAUGGGCACUUGGACGGCCUUUUGCGAGAAACUUUGAUUAACAUGCAGUCCAAGUACUCCGUGGACCCAGAGGCCAUGGCUGAAGCGAAGAGACGGUUCGAUGCCUUCAUGGCAGGCGACGCGUCCCUGCUGCCAGACGACAUCAAAGAGCCGGUCUUUAAAAUGGCUUUGAAGUCUGGCGGCAAGAAGGAGUACCAAGCCCUUCGGAACUUGCAAGCGAAAGCCACCACCAACAUCGAGCGAAAGCACGUCUAUGUCACCAUUGGCCAUACUGCAGACAUUGCCCUGAAGAAGGACGUCUUGGACUGGGUGGUGUCCGGAGACAUCAAGAUCCAGGACUUCUUCUAUCCCAUGGGCUCGGUGGCCGCGUCCUCGAAGGAGGCGGCGGCGCUCACCUGGGACUACUACAAGAGCCACUUCGACAGGAUCUGGAGCAUGUGCAAGACGGCGAGCCCAUCACUCAUGGACGCGAUGAUCAGCCUGUCUGCACGUGGCUUCAGCACCGCAGAGGCUGCUGCAGAGGUGGAGCAGUUCUACAAAGAACACCCCUUGAAGCAGAACCAGAGGACCAUCUCCCAACUUCUAGAAGGCAUUCGGAACCUGCGCUGCAAAGCUUCAGAAAACCGAGAUUGGGGGGUGCUGGCUCCAGCUGGCUAUGGCUCCAGCGGAAACCAACUGGUCAAAGAUAGCAGGGUGUCCUCGGUGUCCAAGAAAUUGAGGACACCUUUGGCCAGACAGGGAGAGUCCUGGUCACUGGGCGAUCAAGAUGUCAAGACCAAGACGCGUUUUUGCUCAACCGAUGUUGUUGUUAAUGGUUUUUAGCGUGGGAUACUUAUCCUUACAUUCAGUUAGUGAAUGGUCGCGCAAGACUCAUGGCUCACUCAUGGCUCAAGAUGGGUAAGUCUCAGCAACACGUCGACACAGUUCACAGCUUAAGGCCUUUCUGCUUUUGGUCUUUUGACUCUUGUGAAUGACACGGCUGGGUCACCGCAUCAAUCUGCCCCGUCAACAACUCAUGUCGGGCGAGAAGGCCCAAGAUAUCAUUGGCUGGCGGGUCCCCAAAACGGAAGAAUCUCAGGUAUUUCCAAGGAAAGAUAGCAUUACUUUCUCAUGCAGAAAACACCGAGAUGCUUGGAGAUUCAGACAUCUCUGAGGGGUCAAGAACUUUAAGUGCUCACUAUCCAUACAUCCAUACAGCAAUAUAGAAGGUGCCAAAGACAUUUGGCAGAGGUCCUGGAUCCAAGUAGAUCAUACACCUUUGCUCACUGUUCCACAGAUGUCCACCCUUCGCGAUCGCCUGGGCAGCCUCGCCCCGUGCCAAGGACGAAUGCGGCUUUCCUGAACAGAAUUUUGAAGACCCCGGUGAUCGAGGAGUCAUUUUGGAAGAGCCUUUGAGCAGAGCUGUUUGGCGUCACAGACGGCACGGUACCUGUCGCAGAGCUGAAUCAAUUGGUGCGACCUGAGUCAUUCGAUGAACUGAGUCGGUGAC